CUUUGCUAGAUCUAGCUACAGUAUGUACUAUGUUCCAACGAAUGUUCGAACAAUCUAGAAAAUAUCUAAAUAUAACAAAUGAAGAUAAUAAUCAACCUAAGCUUUAUUUUCCUAUUCACUUCACUUCCCCGUCGAUCGUGUGAAUCGUAUUACGGAUCGAACCAGAGUAGAGAAUAUGAGUCUAAACAUGUGUCCUAUCUAACUCUACAAGGCCAGGGAUAUAUCGAUUUCCUUCACAACUCAUCAUAAAUGCAUGGGUCGUAUCUCUCUAACACGUUGUACUCUAAAAUUGACUUGGAAAGUAAAAAUAUGUAUCAGAAGCUCUCAUUCAUUGUAAAAGAUCGUUCAGACUGUAAGAGAGUGGUGUAAAGUUCCUAAUUCAUCUUCUCCCAACAACUCGAGUUAUUGAGACCAGUUAAUUUAUCACAUGAUAUCAUAGUUGAUAUGACCAAGUGGUUGUGUGUUUAAAUCUCCACGACUCCCAAUCACUCAAUUAUUGGGAACCUAAAAAUCUUAUUAUUAUCGAUCCAAGUUCAUCCAAUUUUUUCUUGUUAAUAUUGAUGGCCACAAACGAAGUCUAGUUCUUUCUUGUGGUCAUAAAUAAUGUUGUUCUUCCCCUCCACUUCUCCGUCCCUCCAACUCCAAUGAAAUUCCCAUAUUCUCAUCCACGAAAUAAAAAUAAAAAAAUAGUCCAAAAUCCCUGUGCAUAUAAAUUUCCAUGCAUAUGUGACCAUUGCCAUGAUAAUAACAACCUAUCUCCCCUCUACUCCUCCAAUUCCCGUCCAACAUGGCUUCCGAAAUUACCACCAUGCCCCUGCCUCAACGCCAGCUCCACUUCGUCCUAGUCCCUUUCAUGGCGCAAGGCCACUUGCUCCCCAUGACGGACAUCGCCAAACUCCUAGCCCAACACGGCGUCGUAAUCACCAUCGUCACCACCCCGGUCAACGCCGGCCGAAUCCGAGGCACCAUUUCCCGCGCCGUGGAGUCCAACGACGUCCAAAUAAACGUCGCCGAGGUCGAGCUCCCAUCGGACGGAGUCGGCCUGCCGAAGCACUGCGAAACGUUGGACCAGCUGCCUUCUCUGGACAAAGGGAUCGACCUCUUCAACUACAUGGGCCAGGCCCUCGAGAAGCCCAUGGAGAAGCUCUUCCAAGAACUCCAGCCCAGGCCCAACUGCGUGAUCUCCGACAUGUGUUUGCCCUUCACGGCCACCUUGGCCAGAAAAUUUGGUUUGCCGAGGAUUACUUUCAAUGGAUUCUCGGGUUUCACCCUGCUUUGCCUCCGCAACAUACACGAGAUGCUGGAUAAUGAGAAGGGCGUGUUGGGGUCCGACUCGGAACGGUUCGUCGUGCCCGGGUUGCCUGACCGGAUCGAGGUGACGAUGGACCAGCUGCCCAUAGCCAUGGCCAACGGGAUGGACCAGCUCGGUAGGCGGAUGCUAGAAGCGGAAGGCUAUUCGUAUGGGAUGAUCAUCAACUCGUUCGAGGAGCUCGAGCCCGAGUACUUCUCGAGGUACAAGGCUGCCAUGGGUGGCAAGGCCUGGUGCGUUGGCCCUGCCUCGUCCUGCAACAAAGAUCGGUUGGACCGGUUUGAGCGAGGUAACCCCCGGUCGGCCAUCAACGAAUCGGAAUGUUCGAAGUGGCUCGACUCUCGAGAAUCCGGUUCGGUUCUUUAUGUUUGUAUGGGUAGCCUUUGCAACAUCCGGACCCAACAACUGAUAGAGCUCGGGCUUGGCCUGGAAGCUUGGAACCGACCGUUUGUGUGGGUCGUUAGGGAGGGAGAGACAACCAAAGGUUUGUUCAUAUGGAUGGAAGAGUACAACUUCGAAAAGAGGACCAAAGGCCGAGCACUUAUAGUUCGUGGAUGGGCACCACAAGUGGCGAUCCUAUCACACCCUAUCGUCGGUGGGGUCUUGACUCACUGUGGGUGGAACUCGACUCUAGAAAGUAUUUGUGCCGGUGUGCCAAUGGUAACCUGGCCGCUUUUUGGGGAUCAGUUUCUCAACGAAAGGCUCAUCGUAGAUGUAUUGGAGAUCGGAGUGCCAGUCGGGGCAGAGGCCACAGUGAAAUGGGGAGAAGAAGAGAAUACAAGAAUGUUGAUUAAGAAAGAAGAUGUGAAGCAAGCUAUUGAGGAACUAAUGGGCGAAGGGGAUGAAAAAGAGAUGAGAAGAAAGAGAGCCAAGGAUCUGAGUGAAAAGUCUAAAUUGGUCCUUCAAGAAGGAGGGUCCUCUUAUCUUAACAUCGAGCUCUUGAUCCAAGACAUCAGGCAACAUACGUCUAAGACAUGUGAGGAAGCCAUGUUGAGUAGAAAAAAUGGUGAAAUAUUAGUUUCUUAAUUAAUUACUUUUUCCUUGUUAAAUUUAGAAGCUUUGGAAAUUUAUUUCUCCCAAAAUUCAAAGGUGCCUUUUCUGAAUUGAAAGACAUGUUUUCUAAUCGAAAAAUACUAGAUUUAGUUGAACCCAUCUCGUUACAGUUUACAAUGACUUAGAAGAAGAAAUACACAGGAAUUUAGCUAGUGAUUGAUCAGUUGUUGAAGGUAAACUUAAUUUCUUUUCGGAUGACAUUUUCGUAAUUUUUUGGACUAGGAGAGGCCAUUUAUUAGGAUUUUGAAGGCUACAAAUCACGGAUUCGGCCUGAGGUUAUUCUUCAACAAUGAUUAAGUCCGUCAAGCACCGAUUUGGGCGGAUUUAUUCCUGGUCAAUUUUUGGCAGAUUCCAAAGGCGUACUAUCACAGAUUUCGGGCGAUUUUUUCGAAAUGUCAUUUUCUUUUGAUUCUGAAGACUACAGAUCACGUAAUCAGGCCAAGACUAUUCUCCACCAAUAAUGAAGUCUAUAGAUCCUAUUCUCCAUAGAUGAUAAGUCCAUUAUGCACCAAUUUGUGCAAAUUUCUUUUUGAAUGGCAUUUUCGUAAUUCUUUGGGAGAGGAGAGGCCAUUUUAUUUGGAUUUUGAAGGCUACAGAUCACGGAUUCGGCCUGAGGCUAUUCUUCAACAAUGAUUAAGUCCAUCAAGUCCCGAGUUGGGCGGAUUUAUUCCAGGUCAAUUUUUGGUAGAUUCCAAAGGGGUACCAUCAAAGAUUUCGGGAGAUUUUUUGGAAAUGUCAUUUUCGUUUGAUUCUGAAGGCAAAAGAUCACGUAAUCAGGCCAAGACUAUUCUCCACCAAUAAUGAAGUCUAUAGAGCCUAUUCUCCAUAGAUGAUAAGUCCAUUAAGCACCGAUUUGUGCAAAUUUCUUUUCGGAUGACAUUUUCGUAAUUUUUUGGGAGAGGAGAGGCCAUUUUAUUUGGAUUUUGAAGGCUAGAGAUCACGGAUUCGGUCUGAAGCUAUUCUUCAAAAAUGAUUAAGUCCAACAAUCCCCGAUUUGGGCUGAUUUAUUCCGAGACAAUUUUUGGCAGAUUCCAAAGGGGUACCAUCACAGAUUUCGGGCGAUUUUUUCGAAAUGUCAUUUUCUUUUGAUUCUGGAGGCUACAGAUCCCGUAAUCAGGCCGAGACUAUUCUCCACCAUUAAUGAAGUCUAUAGAUCCUAUUCUCCAUGGAUGAUAAGUCCAUUAAGCACCGAUUUGGGCCAAUUUCUUUUCGGAUGACAUUUUCGUAAUUUUUUGUACGAGGAGAGGCCAUUUAUUAGGAUUUUGAAGGCUACAAAUCACGGAUUCGGCCUGAGGUUAUUCUUCAACAAUGAUUAAGUCCGUCAAGCACCGAUUUGGACGGAUUUACUCCUGGUCAAUUUUUUGCAGAUUCCAAAGGGGUACUAUCACAGAUUUCGGGCGAUUUUUUUGAAAUGUCAUUUUCUUUUGAUUCUGAAUGCUACAGAUCACGUAAUCAGGACAAGACUAUUCUCCACCAAUAAUGAAGUCUAUAGAUCCUAUUCUCCAAAGAUGAUAAGUCCUUUAAGCACCGAUUUGUGCAAAUUUCUUUUUGGAUGGCAUUUUUCGUAAUUUUUUGGGAGAGAAGAGGCCAUUUUAUUUGGAUUUUGAAGGCUACAGAUCACGGAUUCGGCCUGAGGAUAUUCUUCAACAAUGAUUAAGUCCGUCAACCCCAAUUUGGGCGGAUUUAUUUCGGGUCAAUUUUUGGCAGAUUCUAAAGGGGUACCAUCACAGAUUUCUGGCAAUUUUUUCGAAAUGUCAUUUUCUUUCGAUUCUGGAGGAUACAGAUUACAGAAUAAGGCCGAGGGUAUUCUCCACCGAUAAUGAAGUCUAUAGAUCCUAUUCUCCAUGGAUGAUAAGUCCAUUAAGCACCGAUUUGGGCCAAUUUCUUUUCGGAUGACAUUUUCGUAAUUUUUUGGACAAGGAGAGGCCAUUUUAUUAGGAUUUUGAAGGCUACAGAUCACGGAUUCGGCCUGAGGCUAUUCUUCAACAAUGAUUAAGUCCAUCAAGUCCCGAGUUGGGCGGAUUUAUUCCAGGUCAAUUUUUGGUAGAUUCCAAAGGGGUACCAUCAAAGAUUUCGGGAGAUUUUUUGGAAAUGUCAUUUUCGUUUGAUUCUGAAGGCAAAAGAUCACGUAAUCAGGCCAAGACUAUUCUCCACCAAUAAUGAAGUCUAUAGAGCCUAUUCUCCAUAGAUGAUAAGUCCAUUAAGCACCGAUUUGUGCAAAUUUCUUUUCGGAUGACAUUUUCGUAAUUUUUUGGGAGAGGAGAGGCCAUUUUAUUUGGAUUUUGAAGGCUAGAGAUCACGGAUUCGGUCUGAAGCUAUUCUUCAAAAAUGAUUAAGUCCAACAAUCCCCGAUUUGGGCGGAUUUAUUCCGAGACAAUUUUUGGCAGAUUCCAAAGGGGUACCAUCACAGAUUUCGGGCGAUUUUUUCGAAAUGUCAUUUUCUUUUGAUUCUGGAGGCUACAGAUCCCGUAAUCAGGCCGAGACUAUUCUCCACCAUUAAUGAAGUCUAUAGAUCCUAUUCUCCAUGGAUGAUAAGUCCAUUAAGCACCGAUUAGGGCCAAUUUCUUUUCGGAUGACUUUUCGUAAUUUUUUGGACGAGGAGAGGCCAUUUAUUAGGAUUUUGAAGGCUACAAAUCACAGAUACGGUCUGAGGUUAUUCUUAACAAUGAUUAAGUCCGUCAAGCACCGAUUUGUGCGGAUUUAUUCCUGGUCAAUUUUUGGCAUAUUCCAAAGGGGUACUAUCACAGAUUUCGGCCGAUUUUUUCGAAAUGUCAUUUUCUUUUGAUUCUGAAGCCUAAAGAUCACGUAAUCAGGCCAAGACUAUUCUCCACCAAUAAUGAAGUCUAUAUAUCCUAUUCUCCAUAGAUGAUAAGUCCAUUAAGCACCGACCUGUGCAAAUUUCUUUUAGGAUGACAUUUUCGUAAAUUUUUGUGAGAUAAGAGGCCAUUUUAUUUGGAUUUUGAAGGCUACAGAUCACGGAUUCGGCCUGAGGAUAUUCUUCAACCAUGAUUAAGUCCAUCAAGCACCAAUUUGGGCGGAUUUAUUCCGGGUCUAUUUUUGGCAGAUUGCAAAGGGGUGCCAUCACAGAUUUCAGACGAUUUUUUCGAAAUGUCAUUUUCUUUCGAUUCUGGAGGAUACAGAUUACAUAAUAAGGCCGAGGGUAUUCUCCACCGAUAAUGAAGUCUAUUGAUCCUAUUCUCCAUAGAUGAUAAGUUCAUUAAGCACCGAUUUGUGCCAAUUUCUUUUCGGAUGGCAUUUUCGUAAUUUUUUGGGCGAGGAGUGGCCAUUUUAUUUUGAUUUUGAAGGCUACAGAUCACAGAUUCGGCCUGAGGCUAUUCUUCAACAAUGAUUAAGUCCAUCAAGCCCUUAUUUGAGCGGAUUUAUUCCGGGUCAAUUUUUGGCGGAUUCCAAAGGGGUAUCAUCACAGAUUUCCGGAGAUUUUUUUGAAAUGUCAUUUUCUUUUGAUUCUGGAGGAUAUAGAUUACAGAAUAAGGCCGAGGGUAUUCUCCACCAAUAAUGAAGUCUAUAUAUCCUAUUCUCCAUAGAUGAUAAGUCAAUUAAGCACCGAUUUGUGCCAAUUUCUUUUCGAAUGGCAUUUUUCGUAAUUUUUUUGGACGGGGAGAGGCCAUUUUAUUAGGAUUUUGGAAGCUACAGAUCACGGAUUCGGUCUGAGUUUAUUCUUCAACAAAGAUUAAGUCCGUCAAGCACCGAUUUGGGCGUAUUUAUUCCAGGUCAAUUUUUGGUAGAUUCCAAAGAGGUACUAUCACAGAUUUCGGGCGAUUUUUUCGAAAUGUCAUUUUCGUUUGAUUUAUGAAAGCUAUAAAUCACGUAAUCAGGCCAACACUAUUCUCCACCAAUAAUGAAGUCUAUAGAUCCUAUUCUCCAUAGAUGAUAAGUCCAUUAAGCACCGAUUUGUACAAAUUUCUUUUCGGAUAACAUUUUCGUAAUUUUUUUGGAAAGGAGAGGUCAUUUUAUUUUGAUUUUGAAGGCUACAGAUCACGGAUUCGGCCUGAGGCUACUCUUCAACAAUGAUUAAGUCCAUCAAGCCCCGAUUUGGGCGGAUUUAUUCCGGGUCAAUUUUUGGCAGAUUCCAAAGGGGUACCAUCACAGAUUUCGGGCGAUUUUUUCGAAAUGUCCUUUUCUUUCGAUUCUGGAUGAUACAGAUUACAGAAUAAGGCCGAGGGUAUUCU